AUACACAUCAAAUACUCAAGUGUAAGAAGGAAAAGUGAGAAUAUGAAUUCAUUCUUAUCAUUCAAUGUAAUUUUAGUAUUAGUUUUCCUUACAGCGAUUUUGAUUUCUGGGAGAGUCCAAGCACAAACAUGUGAACCUAGUGAAAAUCUCAUAGGUGCAGAAUCUCCACCAGGUGAAAGCAAUACAAAUUUGGAUGCUGACUGUUGUAAACCAGGAGAAUCUUACCAAAUUUUUACGUGUUCACCCACAGACCAACGAGCUAUCUUGACGAUAAACAGUUUUGAGGAAGGUGGAGAUGGUGGCGGGGUAUCAGAAUGUGAUGAGCAAUUUCAUUCUAAUGAUACUCCAGUUGUAGCGUUAUCAACUGGAUGGUUUAACAAUCGAGAACGAUGUCUGCCUUCAAUAACCAUAGAAGGCAAUGGGCGGAGUGUGGUAGCUAUGGUGGUCGAUGAAUGUGACUCAACCAUGGGUUGUGACGAGGAGCAUGCUUAUCAACCACCAUGCCGUAAUAAUAUUGUUGAUGCCUCCGCUGCAGUUUGGGAAGCAUUAGGUGUUCCUAGUGAAGACUGGGGCGAGCUUGAUAUUACUUGGUCUGAUGCUUAGUCAUAUGAGAUGAUUAUAUAUAAAAAAUCAGUACCAAGGAAAAAAAAAAUAUUGUUGAAUUAAAUGUGUCAGAAGUUUUCGAAGUAAGUAUAAAGGAAACCUCGUAUCUAUUUAGUUAAGCUUCAGAAAAAAUCAAAAAUCAAAAAACUCUGUCUAGUUACUAGUUAUGUAAACUAAUUAUGUAAAAACAAAGCAGGAGAUCACUGAUCAAUUGGUCAGAUGUUUUAUUCUUU